ACUUGCACCGAAUAGAACUCCCCUGGCUACCAUCCUCUUUAACUUGUAAACGUUGAGAGCGAGCUCUCCACCGGAUGCCAUCACUGACAGAGACACCAGGAGUGAUGUCACUGCUCCGGCACGCCACCGAAGGCCGCCGGUCCAAAACGGGCGGCGGAGGGGUCUUCAAAAUGUUCAAGCUGCUCCCCAUGUUGAGCUCUGGUUGCAAGAUGGUGGCGCUGUUGGGCAGGCCCAGCAAGACAUUGCUGGCCGACAAGGCGAUCGCGGUCACCUUCUUCGGGUACCGGCGGGGAAGGGUCAGCCUGGCCAUCCAGGAGGAUCCGAGGUCACCUCCCUUCUUCCUCAUCGAGCUGCCCAUGCUCACCAGCUCUCUCCACAAGGAGAUGGCCUCCGGCUUGGUCAAGAUCGCGCUGGAGAGCGAGACCCGGACCAUCAAGAAGAAGCUGGUGGAGGAGUACGUGUGGGCCGUGUACUGCAACGGCCGGAAGUCGGGGUACUCGAUAAGGCGGAAGCAGGUGUCCGACGAGGAGCGGCACGUAAUGCAGCUGCUGAGGGGGGUGUCGAUGGGCGCCGGCGUCCUGCCCUGCCUCUCCGAGAAGGACGCGGCCGACGGGGAGUUGACGUACAUGAGGGCGCGGUUCGAGAGGGUGGUCGGAUCCAAGGACUCGGAGUCGCUGUACAUGAUCAACCCUGAUGGAUCCGGCGGGGCUGAGCUGAGCAUCUUCCUCGUGAGGUUGAAGUGAAGAGAGAGCUCGUCUCGGCUUUGUGUGCUUCUGUAUAUAUUCCCUUCUCACUCCUAAUCUUCCAUCUUUUUGCUCGA